AUGUUGUUCACCCUUGGAAAGCACGUUCCUCCGACUCUCCAGCUGGGAGGCUGGUACAAGUUCGAUCAUAGUCGCUGGAUAGACCAAGGCCGUUCCUUCCCUUCGCAAGGCUCUUUAAGCGCUCUGUGGAACAAAAACAUCGAUAAGCGUGCCCAGAUCGCAGCAGCUUCUCUGCAUGGCUCUGUGGAUAGCUCUGCCGAAGACACAGACUUGUACGAGGUCUUAGAGGUUGGACGUGGUGCAAGCAAGUCGGAGAUCAAGAAAGCAUAUCAUAAGGCAGCACUAUCUAGCCAUCCGGAUAAGGUGGCCGAGAGCGAGAGAGCUAGCGCAGAAAUCAAGUUCAAAUCAGUCAGCAAAGCCUACGAAAUCCUAUACGAUGAUGACAAGAGACAUUUAUACGAUACCCAUGGCAUGUCUGCAUUUGACAGCGCUCAUGGCAAUGGUAUGGGCGCAGGUCCCGAUCUUGAAGAAAUGCUUUCACAGAUGUUUGGCAUGGGGGGCGGUAUGCCGCCGGGUUUCAGUGGGCCAGGACCGAGAAAGUCCAGAAAGGGUGAUGAUGAGGAGCAUCCCUAUCAGGUCACAUUAGAGGAUCUAUACAAGGGAAAGACCACAAAAUUUGCGAGCACAAAGAACGUCAUAUGUAACCACUGCAAGGGAAGUGGCGGCAAGGAGAAGGCAAAGGCAAAGCAGUGCGCUUCGUGUCAGGGCAAGGGCUCCAAGCAAGGACUACGGUCUAUCGGACCAGGCCUGGUUACCCAAGAAACAGUCGUAUGCGCUUCGUGUAAAGGCAAAGGAAGUGUAUAUGCUCAAAAAGACAAAUGCAAAAAGUGCAAGGGUGAGCGUGUCACAGAAGCACGGAAGGUUUUGGAAAUCUACAUUCCAAGAGGUUCAAAAGAAGGAGACAAGAUAACUCUGGAAGGUGAGGCGGAUCAGGUACCCGAUCAAGAGCCCGGUGACAUUAUCUUCGGCCUCGUGCAGACCGAACACGAGACAUUCAAAAGGGCAGGCGCUGAUCUGUUGGCGGAAAUUGAAAUCACUCUAGUCGAAUCUCUAUGUGGCUUUUCGCGAGUGAUCGUGAAGCACCUGGAUGGUAGAGGUCUCCACAUCCAACAUUCUCAGCCUAAUGCACGUGUUUUGGAGCCGGGCCAAGUCAUCAAGGUGGUGGGUGAAGGAAUGCCUCACAAGAAAAGUGAGUUAAAGGGAGAUUUGUACUUGGUGGUCAAGGUCAAGUUCCCAGAGCAUGGAUGGCUUGAAGACAAGCAGGUACUUGCAAAAUUGAAAGAACUCCUACCGACUCCCGAAACCCCAAUACAAGCUGACGUCGUUGAUGAUGUUGCUUACGACGAAACUGCCAACUUGAACGAGUUCGGAGCAAGUGCCGAAGGCGACGAAGGGUGGGUUGACGACGAGGAUGAAGAAGAAGGCGAGGCUCAAUGUGCCCAGCAGUGA